GCGCGCUCGAGCCGCUGCUGCUAUUGCUGCUGCUGCUGCUGGAGUGGGGAUGUGCGCUCGGUCCGAGGAGCCUGCAGCCACAGCGCGUGCACGCUAGAGCGCGGCGCGAGGCAGGGCAUCAGCGGGCUGCAGCCGCGGAACAGAGCGGACAGGAGGAGCUGACCCGACCCCCGCCAGCAUCGCACAGGGCCCGCGAGCCCUCCCUAUGGACCCAGCAUGCGCAGGAUCAGGGCCAACGCCAUCGCCAUCCUCACGGUCGCCUGGAUCCUGGGCACCUUCUAUUACCUGUGGCAGGACAACAAGCCUUCUGCGGCGGCUCAGCCGCGCGCCACCGGGGGGAAGAGCCACGGGGGGAAGGCUGGAGGCGGGAUGCUGGAGCUGCACCGGGAGGACAGGACCAUCCCGCUGAUCGUUACCCACCCUCCGCGGGGAGAGCAGCAGGGGCAGCUGUUGGGCACUUUUGAUGAGAGAGCCUAUUUAGCCAGUAAGCAGCUGAAAGCUGGAGAGGAUCCAUACAGAGAGCAUGCUUUCAACCUGCAGGAAAGUGACAGACUGGGCAGUGAAAGGGCCAUUAGGGACACUCGACACUACAGGUGUGCCUCGAUGACUUUUGACCCUGACCUGCCGUCCACCAGCAUCAUCAUCACCUUCCACAAUGAAGCUCGUUCCACGCUCCUGCGUACCAUUAAAAGUGUUCUCCUCAGAAGUCCGCCCCACUUGAUACAGGAGAUCAUUCUCGUGGAUGAUUUCAGCUCUGACCCUGAGGAUUGCCAGCUGCUCUCCCAGAUCCCAAAGGUGCGGUGUCUCAGAAAUGAUCAGCGAGAGGGUUUGAUCAGGUCUCGAGUCAGGGGAGCCAGCGCUGCCUCUGCCUCUAUCCUCACCUUCCUGGAUAGCCACUGUGAGGUCAACACAGACUGGCUACAGCCCAUGAUCCAGAGAGUUAAAGAGGACCACACUCGUGUUGUCAGUCCCAUCAUUGAUGUCAUCAGCCUGGAUAACUUUGCUUAUCUUGCAGCCUCUGCUGACCUCAGGGGAGGGUUUGACUGGAGUUUACAUUUUAAAUGGGAGCAGAUUCCUAUUGAGCAGAAAAUGGCGAGAAACGAUCCUACACAGCCAAUAAGGACUCCAGUGAUUGCUGGUGGGAUCUUUGUUAUGGAUAAGAGUUGGUUUAAUCAUCUGGGCCAGUAUGACACACACAUGGAUAUCUGGGGUGGUGAAAACUUUGAGCUGUCAUUCCGUGUGUGGAUGUGUGGAGGCAGUUUGGAGAUUCUGCCUUGCAGUCGUGUGGGUCACGUCUUCAGAAAGCGCCAUCCGUAUGAUUUCCCAGAAGGCAAUGCUCUUACCUACAUCAAGAACACACGGAGAGCUGCGGAGGUGUGGAUGGACGAGUAUAAGCAGUAUUAUUAUGCUGCGAGACCCUCUGCUCAGGGCAAGGCUUUCGGAAGUAUCGCCGAUCGCUUGGCUCUGAGGAGGAAACUGAACUGUAACUCUUUCCGCUGGUAUCUGGAGAAUGUGUACCCUGAGCUCAGGAUUCCAGAACAGAAAGCUACUUACAGUCUGCUGAAACAGGGUGGGCUCUGCCUAGAAAGCCACAGCACAGACAGUCUGGGUUUGGCUGAUUGCAAGAGUGGGUCAAGUAUACCUGCCUCACAGAAAUGGACUUUGAUAGAGCCACAGAUUCGCCAGCAGGACCUGUGCUUGGCCAUCACAGCCUUUUCCUCAGGGUCUAAGGUCAGGCUAGAGCCCUGCAGCCCUAAAGAGUCCAGACAGAAAUGGAAACCCAGAGGCCCAGCACUGCAGCAUAUGAUCAGUGGUUUGUGUUUGGACAGCCAGCCCCCAGCAGGCCCACCGGUAAUUGCACAGUGCCGCCCCCAGAUGGCCAGCCAGUCCUGGGAGCCUCAGUUGGUCACCUGACUUUAAAGAGGUGGGUCGUGAGGAGGGAGCAAGGAGAAGAGGAGAAAGAAGGAGGAGAAGAUUGUGGUGCUUUAGGGCCCAGAGGAACAAUGUCUGCACACUGUUUUAGUUGAAGUGCUGCUUUCAGUCCAGUAGACCAUGGCCAUGUCCAGAAAUCCACACUUCAGCACCUGUAAUCCUGCUUCUGUGCUCAUACCACUGAUCUUAAGUAGCCAGAUAGAGAAAAGCAACGAGCAGCACCUCAAAAUUGACCCCGCUAAAGCAGUCUGCAGUCCUCAAAUGGACUUUUCUCUGUCUAGGCUACUUGCAUUCAGUCACAUGUUUGAACAUGGUCAACGUUUACAUUAAAAGAAGAAUAUUAAUGCCAUUGUUCACGGCUGGCAGGAGAAUCCUGUGACGUCUUUGAGCUUUCUAUUUUGAUGUGUUUAAAGAACACAAAUGGAGAGAGACUAGUUAUGUAUAUUUAUGCCUUUUACUACCUUUCAGAAUGGUCAGAGUGCCCACCUGUACAAACACAUUUUUCACAGUUGUUGUGGCCCCACACUGUAGUUUUCAUAAAGCUCUUAUUGGAGUCUGUGUCUUGUUAAACACCAUUAAUAAAUGUUUUAACAUUUUGAUCACUCAGUGUGUUUACAUGCAAUUCCGAAUCUGAUUCCACCAGUGAGAUGGCAACAAAACACUUUUGGGGAAAAAAGUUUGGAAAAAGAAUUCAAAUCUAAGUAAUUUACCUGAUGCAAGUCCUUCUUGUUGCUUUAAAUAAUGAGUUUAACAAUGUUUAAAGAACAUUUACUGGUUGCAAAGCAAAAAUCCAGUUGUUAGCUUACUCAUGUAAAAUCUGUUUUCUUAUUACUGGACUACCUAAAUUAAUGUAAAGGUGUUGAUCAGAUAAGAUUGGAUUAUGAAGUGCAUGUAAACACUAACUUAUUUGUCAGAACUAGGGGCAAUUUACAUGUUGAGACUAAAGUGUACAUAUUAUAGAAGGUCAUUCUUAAGUUAAACUGCCUUUUUUCCCUCAGAACACCAAACUGGCUUUAAUUUGAGAUCCAUAACCCUGCAGUAAAGGUGCUAUAAAGCAUUAUUUGAGUGAUACCAUAUAAUCUUUUUCUCACAUCUCUUUUACAGAAAUGUUUUUUUUUUGUUUGUUUUCUUUCUUUCUUCUUCUUGAUGGUAUAUGGCAUUGCUCAGAGAACUUUGUUGUUCCUUUAUUUGUAAGUGUGCAGUAGGUUUGUAGCUUUUGGGAGUUUUGUUUUUAUAAUGUGCUCACCAUCCCACUUAUCUGGGAUUAGUGUAAAUGCCAUGCUUGUGGUUUAAAGUUUAGAAAUUUUGUCUUAGAAUUGCAUCUAAGAGCAAAGAGUAACAAGAAGCUUUGCUGAGCAUAAAAUUCAUUCAAGGCUGUGGACUGAGGAAAAGAGCAGAGUAGAAUUCAAUGAACUGAUGUGAGAAUGUGGGCUAAAAAUUUUUUCUGUUUAAUGUUCGAUCAAGUGAGCACUUUUAAGGAUCUAUGAUUUUGCAUGGUACUGUGAAACUCCACAAAACGCGUAUGUGACAUAUCCAAAGUCCAAAGACUGUUUUUCUUGUUCGUUUGCCAUUUUAAGAGUUGUAAAUACUUGAAACAAGAUCAAAAUGAGCAAUCAUUUGAUGAAAUAAAGUAUCUAUCACCAGAAAAA